UCCAUUCUUCACUCCCUCUCCUUCUCCUUUCCAUCCUCCACACCCCGACCUCACACCCAAAAUCCAAAUAAUACAAAAAAAGAAAAAAAAACACACACAAAAAAGAAAAAAAAAGAAGAAAAAAACAUAUCCACCAACUCCACCAAAGUUCAACAAAACACAACCAAUUCACACCCCAAAAUGGAAAAAAAAAAAAGAAAAAAGAAAAAAGAAAAAGAGAGAGAAACAAAAGAUUAAUAUAACACCAUGUUCUCUUCCCUUCUCUCUCUCCCCCCGCACCGCCCUCGUUUCAGUGUCUUCAUGGAACCGAACCGUGUGAUGAUUCGAACUUGUAACGGGAAUGAGAUGCGAGAAAAUUUCUACAGGCCUUCUUUUGACGACCCGCUGUACAAACACAGCGACAACCCCAACCUGCCGUACGACACUCCUCUCCCCAGGGACGACUUCUCGCCGAUGACCGACGGGCCUUACUCCACCACCUGUCGCAUCCACGGCUCCACCAACAUCCACGACGACGGGUAUGCCCUCGAAAACUCGGACAAGAGCCCCACUUUUAGGCCCUUCCAGCAUAACCUGCCCCACUGCUCGCCCGAGGUUCACCGCACGUGUUGGUGUGUCAACUUCAUCGCAGAGCAUACGAGACUCAAGGAGGAUUCGACAAAGGUGAAGGAAGAUUGGAAGUACGUUGCCAUGGUACUGGACCGGCUUUUCCUGUGGAUCUUCACCCUGGCAGUGCUGGUGGGCACGGCUGGCAUCAUCCUGCAGGCACCCUCGCUGUAUGACGACCGCGUUCCCCUGGACAAGAAGCUCAGCGAGGUGUUCCGAGCUCAUCCUUCCAAUAACUAAUCAUUCCCCGGGGUUUAUGGAGCGCGUGCCAAUGAAGAUUUUUUUUUUUUUUUUUUCCAUCAAGAUAGUCAUUGCGUUAUUAAUAUUAUUGUUAUCUUUCUCUUGCAAGGGUCUUUUUUUUUUUUUCUUUUUUUCUUUCGGUGAUCAAAUGUCUUACUGUGAGAAAUCAUGUUUCUUUGUUUAUAUACAGGGAUAUAUACGCAUAGCCAAGAGCAUGUCAUGGAGAACACGAAAUUAAAAUAACUUUAGCUUUAUUUUUAAGAUAAUGCAGAAUGAGUGGAGAAUCCUGACCCAUGAGUUUCCCAGUUGUUUGGAUAUUAUAUCAUAUUUAGAUAGACUCGGUGAUGUAAAUGCAAGAGUAUUUUACAUUAGAUUGUUGACGCAUAUGAAAUACAUUGACAUAUAGGAUAAGAAGCGUUUCCACCUGUUGACAUUUAUGUCUAUUUUUCAUCUCUACUUUUUUUUAGCAGAAUCAUUAUGAACAAGAUGCUCAUUUUAACAUGUUAAAAUGAUGCGCAGCCUAGUUACAUGUUUUUAUUUCAUUACAUCCAUUUUUCAUUGAUUUAUUUAUUAUUGAAACAUCAUGCCACGAUGGACAAAGAAAUGAAAAUCAUACAAUCAAUCAAUCAGUGUGUAGUUGUGUUUAUAUUAUAUUUAACAAAUAAGUGAAAACUAUAUACAAGAGGUAAAUUACUAGCCUCUGUAGACUUUCUAUAAACCAAAGUGUAGAUUACAGACAGUGCUGUACUAUACAUAUUUUGUAUCAUAGAUGUAGACACAAAACAUCUCGUCAAAGGACUUAGGUAAACUUGAUUUUCGGUGCGAAAUAUUAUUACAAGGGAAGAGAGAAAGCGAGAGAGAGGGAGAGAGAAAUACGAAAGUGUGAUAACGGUUUUCUGCGAGUGGACUGAAGAACUUAUUACCUUUUUAGUAUUAUAGUGCAAAGAUAAGAUGCUCUCUUGUAUUACCUUGGAUAAUAUAUGUAAGAAAAGCGGUGAACGGAUUCGAACGCUGACACUGAAGAAAAAAAAAACGUUUCUGCGAAGAGAGAAAACCAAUCGUAUAUUCUAAGUAAAAAUGGAAAACAAAACAAGAAUCCUAAAAAAAAGGGGAACUGACUCAACUUUGCUUAGAUGAACACGAAAGGAAAUGGAGACACCAAGGGAAAAAAAGAAUAUAGAUAUAUAAAUGAUCUCUCCGUUGACAGAGAUGUGUGUAUAUAUUAAGCAGUAGCAGAGCACGUGUUCGCCUGCUGGACUGAUUAGCAGGAACCUAGACAUCUUACGGUGAAGUUAAAUGUGCAGAAUAGCAAGUUUUAAGAUAAAAAAAAUUGUGUUGGAUGACAUUUCCAUUGUGUUAUUCCAAAGAUUGAUACAAACGUUACAGUAUUCUAUAGCAAAAAAAAAAAAAAAAAAUUAUCUGAUACUGUAAAUAGAUAUAUGAUAUCACUUUGUUGUUAAUAUUGAUAGAAUGAUUGAUAUUCUUGAAGUCAGUGGCAUUGUUAUUAUAGAAAUUAUGUAACUGAAUUCUCGAUAUUGUUUGAAGUGUUUAAUAAUGUGGAAACAAAUAUUAAAAUCCCCUAGCAAGUAAUCCUGAUUUUGUUGCCAAUUAGAAUAAACACACAUUCCCUCAAAAUAUAUCUUUUUGUCAUAAAUGUAAAAUAAAAUCUGUCUUUCCUAAAGCCACAAAAAAUUAUUAUAAUAAUUCUUGCCUAUGUCUUCUUGUACAGCAGCAUAUAGACCACACUGUUAUAAAAAAAAAAUGAAUGUUAAUAUAUCGUAGAGCCUCGGACAAGCAGUUCUGAGAAAACUACAUUCUUUUCACUCAACAUGACUUUUAAGAAAUCUAGCCAAGAUUUUCCCAAAUAAAUCAUACAAUUCCCAUUCUUCUUUUUUCUUAGACUAUGAAAUAUAGAGGAUGAGAUUUCUCAGAACCGCCUCUCUGAAUAUCUAUCAUAUUGUAUGCUGAGAAUUAGCAGUACUGAGCUUUAUGAUGUCUAAAUAAAGUUCGGUAGAAUUUUUUACUCCCAUGACUUGUAAUACAGUAUGAAUUAACCAUAGGGACGACUUCAAGGCUUAGACUGGAAGUAUAUACUUUGGUUUCAUACAUUCUGGAGGGAAUAAAGACCACUUACACAUAUAUGUAUAUGCAUUCAUCUGUUGUUUUUUUUCUUCUGCCGGUGUGUUGCGACUCAGUUAUCACACACACUUACGGAAUUUAAAAGCCUGAGUUUUCCUCCACAAUGUGUAAACGAAAGAAACAUCCGUUGGUACUCGUCUAUGACAAGAACCAAUUGUAAAAAAAAAAAAAAAAAUAUAGACUUAAAAUUGGCCACGACUUUUUAGAGAAGCGGGUAAAACGACACGAACGGUCUUUUGAUUUUUGAAUGUCGAACUCAAAAUGCUGAUUUUGUAAAACCUUAGAGAAUAGAAUGCUCACAGCCAAUCAUUGUCCAGUUAGGAUAAUUGUAAUAAGAGAAAUAUACAUAAUAUAAGACCUUGUUAACAUGCAUCGAUCCGUGAGAUUUGUAAAAAAAAAAAUUGUUGACCUAUAAAAAAAAAACUAUGUCAGCUUAAGUACUAAGAUCCUUUUGAAAUUUUAACUGAUAACAAUUUCAUCAAAAGGAGGUCUGGGAAGUCAUCAGUGCGGCGAGUCGAAGCACGCUUGGGCCUCGAACAAAAUUAAAAAAACGAAUAUGUAUGUAUAUGUAUAUGUAUAUAUACAUAUAUAUGUAUAUGCACAUGUAUAUAUAAAUAUAUAUAUAUAUAUAUAAGUGUAUCAUAGUCUUCUAAGCAAAGUCAGUUAUUCUUAUCGAAAGGUUCUUAAGAUGAUCUGCUGUUUAUAUAGAUUACUUUUCUACACUUAGCUGGUCAGGGGGAAAGACUUAGAGGCGAUUUACCUGAGGGUUUGUGUCAAGGUAAUAUAUAACCAUUACAGACUAUAUUCAAAAUCCAAUAUUUUUCAAAUACACAGUUUGCCAAAUAUGAAGCAAAACUCGAGGACUUUUGUCGUCCGAGAUCAUAAGAAAUGGAAUGAAACAAAAGAUAUAUAUAUUGUGAAAUGUGUUACUGUUUUUGGGUUAGGUUAAGCGGCUGUAUAUUUCUAAUCAUGGUGGCUAGGCUGCACCCCCCACUACCCCAACCCUCCCCCGGAAAACCAAUGUAACACCUUAUUUGUAUCCCAAUAUAUUCAGAAAACCUCGAGAUGUAACGCCUCAGAGGUUGAGUCAUAAAAAGGUUUUUUCUCCCCGAGCCCCCGCCCCCCCUUCCCCUUCCACACCUCAUUUGCAUACAUGACCGAAACACGAAAAACUUUGUAAAAUUAUUGAGGCUAUGAAGGAAAAUGAAUGAAUGAAAAAAAAAAAAACACCAAAAGCUCAAAUUGUAAUCCUAAAUACGGGAUUUUGAAGUGGUCGUUCCCUUUUUUGUGUCCAAUUUAUGUGUAAACUGGACACGUGACCACGUGCUGCCACAUGCUAUGAAUAAUAAAAAAAGAACAUACCCUCUACCUUUUUAAAAGCUAUGAAAAAAUAUGGUUGAUCCCAAUGGAUAUAAGUAUUCAUUUUGUAUACAUUAUAAGAUUUUUAAUAGCAAUACCACUUAUCUGGAAUUUAGACUUAAAAACUGCAAGUAGUUUGUUCUACGUGAGGUUGUUAGGAGUUGGUGUUUAGAUUCUAACUGCGAGACCUUGUUAUCACAUCGUUUUUUUUUUUUGUUUUUUUUCAAUUUUCGGUCAUCGGCGCCCGUAAGCACGAAAGGGCGGCUUUGUCAACGCCCCUUAACGCUCACGGAAAUCGUGACUGAACAGAGACUAAAAUAAAAAUAAAACGUGC